GGUGUGAGGAGGCAACCUCAACUUUGGGAGAAGUUUGACAGCACAGCAAUGGUGAUAGUGGGAAACUGCAUGCAGGACUAUUUUCAUGUCCAGCUGUCGGAUGACAAACAAGGCAGAAGGAUUUUGGAGCUGACCUUUGCAGGGGGAGUGCUAAGAGAUGAGUGGGUUCUUACUGAUGUUGGGAUCACUCUUUGUUCAACCAUAAAAUGUACUAUAAAGGAAGAGACAAAGCCAGCACUGUAUGUAUUUAAUGCAGUGACCAAGGAGAGAAUAGGAAUAUUUGGUGGAGCUUAUCUUUUCACUGAUAGAGUUUCCAGCCUGAAGACAUUAAUAUCUCAGAAAAGUGGUUACCCCGUUAGCAUUUACACCCUGAGGACUUGGCAAGGCACGGAAAUGUAUAACUGCAACUGUCUGAGUGACUACAAGUUAGAUCUUGGUGCAUCACUGAGAAUGGAUGUUUGGGACGGCUGGAAGGAAUUACUUAAGGCAUGUGUCACUGGGCACAAGAACAAUGUCCAACGUUACUUAGCAGGAAAGCAAGAAGUGCUCAGGUACCAAGAACGAGUGGCCCUUUACAUUGCAGCACACUUUGGCCAUCUUGAACUUGCCCAGUGGCUUUUGAAUAGAGGCGUGAGGGCUGAUGAAGCAGUUGGCGUUCAUCCCUACAGAGAAUGGUGCCACGAGACAGAUCAUCCAGAUGUAGGGAAAUGCGCCAUUCACGCUGCUGCCGAAGCUGGGCAACUUCUUGUGCUGAAAGCAUUUAUUGCACAUAAUGUUUUGUGUCUGCAGUGCCAGAAUCCUGUGGGUCAGACGCCACUCAAAAUAUGCACCUUGCAAGGACACAAGGACUGUGUUUUGUACUUGGUUAUGAAAACAUGGUCCCUUGUCUCUUUCCCAAACAUCUCCCUUCCAAUGAAUAUCUACAUUAAAGUGAAAAAAUGGCUUUUUGUGGCUCAGAAACACAUCUGGAAAGUGAAGAAGAGACUCGUGGAAUUCAAGACACGGGUAGGGGACACUCUGGUUGUGGAUGGUUUCACAGAACCUAACAUGACUUCUCGAGGGUUGCACAGGCUUCAUCAUGAAAAUGGGGGAAAAGAGACAGAUGAUUCUGGAAAUAAGUCGCUCUGCGUCAGUGAAAAACAUGGUACCAACAAAGUUAGUCAUGAUACAAUGAGAAAUGGUAAGGGGCAGAAACUAAAGUUGCCUCCAAUUCACCAAACAAUAACAAAUUGCACAAGAAGUAAAGACACCUCACUUGGUGACACUUUUAAAAAUACUUGGACUGCUCAUGUUCCUCUUCCUCCUCUUGUGAAUGCUGCCAAUGGCCGCCCACAGAAUCUAACUGAUCCACAUGCUGUCAUCAUUCUAAACUCAAGUCUGAAAUCUUUCUCAAAGCACAGUGGAAGGACACCGAGGGAAAAUGCAAUCUAUUGCUUAGGUCUAGCCAGUGAGUUUAAAGAGAAGACAUGGUUGAGACAACUUGAUGUUGCCAGGAUGCUGGCUAAGAAAUCAGUGUGCAGCUUCUGAGCAGUCACAGGGAAUGGCGUGAUGAGACUGCAAUGCUAUAGGCUACAUUUAUUACUUUGCUACUCUGUAACAGAAAACACAAUCUCCCCAUAGUCCGUAACCAGUGAGAAACCAUUGCUCAGGGAAAUUCAGACUCAGGGAGUCUGCUGUUGUGAAUAACGUUAAGUCCAUUUCAUGCCAUCUAUAAUGUCUAUACAUUGGCCUGGUCACCUUUAUAUUAACUAUUAAUAUGAUGAGACCGCUUGAAGUUGGUCCUAAUGGUUUUGUUUUUUUCUACAGCAGUUCUCUAGAUUGGAAUUUAGUUGCUAGGGUCUGAUUAAACCUAGCAACCAGGCAAGGGCUUAAAUGAGUGGUAUAUGAACACAAGAGGGCUGGAUAGAAAGACAAGCAAUACCUAAUAAUAAAAUACCCCAGAUUUUGUGCAUUCACCCUCCAAAACUAGUAUUUCCACUGUUGCAAACGGUUUCAUACAGCAAAGCAUUAGUGUCUCUCCUAGAUUCACCAUUUCUGUUAUUUAUUGCAGUUUAACCAGUAAUAUUUUGGCCCCCGUUAGUAAACCUGUCCCAGUGUGUCUCAUAUAUCUAUGAUGUGUAUGCUGCUAUUACUCAGGCCAUACCUAAGGGUAGGUGAGCCCAUAGGAUUACUACCAUGGAUAACAGAAGCACAAAAUGCUUGCUGUGAAGCUUUUCUAGAAAGCUGUUAUGCUAAAUAUAACAUUAUGAAUACUGCUAACAUUCUAUUUAUAUAGCACCAGCAAAUUACCAGGAGUGAACUGUACCAGGCAUGAGUAUGAAAUAAUCCCUACCUAUAGGCAUUAUAUGGACUGAAUAGGAGCACUGUGUGUGUGUGUUUUUAAUAAAACCUUCUUACAAUAUGA